GCAUUUGAUCUAAAUAAUCUGAAACGCAUAAAACGUGAUAAACCCUACAAGUCCACCGUGGAAUAUUUGGAUAUUAAUUACCGGUUACUUCGCGAAGAGUGUUUCAGGAAUUUAUGUACUGGCAUUCAGGAUUUUCGCGAGGGUAAUAGCUAUGAUGCUCAAAAAAUGAAAAUGUACAGGUAAUUAAAGACAUUCAAUCAGGACGUUAUAUACUGUACUUAUUUAACAAAGUUUAUGAUUUUUAUGUUGUUUGCAAAAAUAAUCCAGAAACAAAUAUAAUUCUAUAUGUCAAAAAUUUAGCCUGAAAUUUUGUUGUGAGAAACAAGUAACUUAUUAAAUUGAAUAGCAGAAUAAUUGAUGGAACAAAACUAAUUACUGUGCUGAAUUCCCAAUAGAAACAAAACUCAAGUUCGUGUAUCUGUUGGUUUUUGCUACCGAAGGCAGCACACUAUUCUUAACAUGAAGUAUUGCGUUUACGUGUGUCCAGUCUCUUUGGCCGAGUUAUGUAUAGCCGAACGAGAACUCGAUUUUGUUGACGGAUGUACGGAUUUUCAGAUUUAUGACGUUUUUUGACGUCACAGAAAUUUUAAAAAAUAACAUACUCCAGAUAGCGAUUUGACUUCCCGAAACCCGGGUUGAGACUCACGAACACCACCAUGAACGAUUACAAUUUGCAAACAUGUGCCUCGUUGCCUGUGCAUGUUGUAAAUUUAUGUCUGCCUGUUUAUCGACAUAAUUUUCUUGCGUCUGGCUGUUUAUCGAAAAUAUUUUUCAAGGUAAGAUGAAAGUUUGAUCACAAAUAACAAUGUGUUUUGGUUGAAUUAUUUUACCCAUUGAAACGAAUGAAUCAGCUGUAUUUUUAUUAAAUUUUAAUUUUACUGGUGCCAUACUACCAUACAAGUGGAGCAAAAAUUUUCUUGAGAUUGAUAGGACAUCGCACUUCAAGGUAUAAAUAAUCACAGUGAUAGUUUAUUAUAAUAUUAUUGUUAUGGGAAUAUCAAUUGAGCAGUAUCGUGCCCGCAUUGGAACACAUUGUAUACGAAUGAAAAAUACCUGACUUGUAGAAAGAUAUUCCUAUAGCAACCCAGUGUGGAUUGUUGUCUACACAUAUUAACCUACCAGCAGUUUAAUACAUAAAAUAACAUGUCAACCGACUUUUGUCAAAAGAUAUGACGGUCUGUACAAAUAUAUCUCUGAGAUGUAUGUCUAUUGACUGUUACCUGUUAGCAUAAUAUAUUCACCUGGCUGUGUCAGCUACAGUUCAGGGUAUAGGUAUACUAUAUUUUUUAUAAUGCUCACAAUUUCUUGUAUUAUAUAGUUUUGCAGUUCGAACUUAGUACAAUCUUAAUCAUUACAAAUGAAUGAUGUCAUCAGAAGCUGGCAUAUGAAACAGCACUGUCAAAAACAGAUUUUGUCUCCCCAUACAUCAGGCAUCGCUGCAUCAGCAGAUUGUUCAGUUGUUUGCAAUUUAGGGGUCAGGGUCGUAGCAACAAUAAUUUGUAAACUAGCAAUAAUCACCCUAGACUAAUCAGCCCCCCAAUACAAAAUUGCUUCCUAUGUAGUGGGUAGCUUUGAAGGUAACCUGAGAUCAGGCUCUAUUUUACAAGUAUACCCUGACACAAACCUUAAUCCGAUAGUUUUCCACCCAUAUGCAGCAAACUUUAUAUUUAUUAUCCAACCUCGCUUCACCACUGAUUGUAUUAGAAUUAGAAUAUUUAGCUGACCUUUGACCUUGUGCAACGUAUCUGGUAUUCAAAUUAAACUUUUCCUACUUUCUGAACAUGCGUCUUAGAGGCUGUUUACAUGAUGGAAAGUGGGAUGAUUUUUGAUGUAUUGAAAUAAGUCACCAGGUUAAACAAAAGUUCAAAUGCCUGUUACAGAACUUAAAUAUUGUAGAGAAGAUCUUGUAGUUCAAGAAGAUUAUUAUUGCUGCUUGAACAACUUUUCGUUUACAGUUAACUAUAUAAAUCUAUCUCUAGAAAAUAAUGAAGUUUUUCGCUGAAUUGUGCACGGUGACUUAUUUCAAUACAUCGAAAUCAUUCCGCCUUAUAUCUCGUCCUGGCAAAGCGGGAUCAUAAAAACAGUCCCUUAUUCAGCAAAUUGCGCAUGCUGCCUUUGAUCCCUUGGGGGUGAGGCAGCACUUUCCUUGCGAUAGUAACUUCUAGCUAUAAAAAUAUUGUUGCAUCUACAGUAUGUUGUGGAUGGGCAAAUAACAAUUUUGUGUUGGUAUAGGAUAUUUAACUGGAAAGCCAAUCUUAUUCCCAGGCUGUUUCUCAUACAGAAAAAAUCACAUCAGGACCUUAAACCAACCUUACGUUUUUUCUUACAUGCAGCAAAAAGGUUAUUCUAUAAUCAAGUUUUGACCAAACUAUUUGAAUGCAAGACUUACCAGCAUAAUUAUGUUUUUGAAUGGUUCGAGUAUAUUAUUCACCAGCUAGAAUCUUAGCCAUUAGGAAAAUUAGCAAGACUGAUCGAUAACUUUUAAAUUGCAUAGAUAGUAUUUAUUAUAUUCAACAGAAUAUUUAUUAUACCUCAUUGAGAUUUAUUGUAAUUUUUCUCCUCUUUGUGUUUAAAGGAUAACUUUGGACACAGUUACCGCUGACCGUAGCACACAAAUCUUUCUUGUGUUGAACUGUGAGGACUACUACAAAAAGUAAGAAUUGUGACAGGUAUUAAUUUAUAGGUUCUCUUAUUUUCAGAAUUAAUAAUAAAAUUAAACUUUCCUUCUAUAUGUAUGUGAGUUCUAAGAUGAUCACUCUUUAAUCGGUUGAUUUCCCGCAUAUAGUUGCUUUGUUUGCUUUAUUGUAGUUGUUUUUUAUAAUUUGUUUGGGUAUUUAUUUUUCAAAACCUUUUUCUACUAAUUUUAACUUUCUAUGGUAUUAGUAUUGGUUGGGGUUGCCCUUCGUUUAUUUUAUGAGAUUAAAAAUCUUACUUUAAUUCGAAAACCAAAUCCUGCCGGAAAUUUUUAGUUUAUCAAAGUACGUACUGCCUAGCCGCGAACUGACAAUGAAAGUAAAACAACUCAUUUAAAAUUACCAUCAUGAUAUUAUUAAUAACGUAACAAUAGCGCUCUAGUUUUCGUGGCUUAUUGUUUCAAUUUAUUUGUAUGUGUUUCUUCUCAAUCCAAUUCUAUCAAUCACUGAAUAAUGUGCUUGAUAAGAUUGGAUUAGUCUUUAAUUAUUGUGUUGAUGCAGCAUUCAGCGUUGUUUUCAGUAUAAACAUUCUUUAGAAAACACAUUUUAUUCAUUUUCAGUUACUCUCCUGAACUUAAUUAUAAGGGAGGUCAGCAAUCAUAGCUUUCUCUUCGCUUUCCCAAUAGCCGGUUCCCCUUAUUACUUACGUAUUCUGAAUACAACUACCAUGAUACUUUGGGGGUAUUUUCUUCAUUAUGGAAUAACACGUCCGAAAAACAUGCUGGUAGUUGUAUUUAGAAUGCGUAAUAAGGGGAACCGGCUAUUACGAACUCCACAGUAUUAUACUUUUAAAUACGAAAUUUUGUUCAAUUUGUCGACGGUAGAACACAACCCCAGGUACCUGCCAAAAUCGAGGCUCGGAAGUCGCUGAUUACAACCCGUCGAGGAUUACAACCCUCACCCGCAGCUUUCGGCCUGUAUUAUAUCAUUUUACUAUUUUAUAUUAUUUUCAGCUCUGAAGAAGAGGAAAGUACAUCUCAUGAAAUAUUUUAUGGUAGCUUGAUGUGUAUUUCACUGAAUAAAGUGUUUGACAGCUUGAUAUGGGCUACCGUUGUAAAGUGUGAACUGCAGAGGAAUCGAAAUAUGUAAGUACAAAUUACUAUAUUGGUAAAGAAUUGAACCAUAAGUUGUUGUCCAGAUUAGUUAGUCAAAAAUUGUAUUUAAAGACUUGAAUAUAUAGCCUACAUAAACAGUGCAACGUAUGCACGUUUAGGAUACUGUAGCUCAGCUUGAAUUGCAAACCAUGCAGCUAAUUGCUGGAAAUAUACUAGUGUAUAUCUAUGUUUGUUCUUUUUUCUACCUGUAUAUUA